CGUUGCCGCGAGUCAGUAGGUUCGCUGUCACCGCGGAGUGCGAACGUAGCCGCAACGCAACUUGAGCUCCUCCGAUCUUCGCUUCCGGCGUAGGGUCGAUUGAUUAUGCUACGCUCGGUGCCCCGCAGCGCUCGACAGGACUGAGCUGCGGUUGGGAGCCACUAAAAUUAUGACUUUUGGAUUGUUUGCCGGCGAAGAAGAAAGCGGCAGAUAUCUCGUUCUAGAAGAGAAAACUCUGAGGAUAGUUUCCCGGUACUGGGAGGUCUUCGGCGCUGCACCGGCCGAGAGGCAACAGAUUGGGAACAGGCAGAGGCUUCUGGUGGCCCCGUUCGGACUGCUAUAAAUUUUAUUUUUUUGGACCUGAACAUAUUAGAUUUUAGUGUUACUUUUUAAGUGCAAUAGGUGAACUGUGUUUGUGUUAAAGUUGGAAGAUAGAUAGAUGAAAAUGGUUCCCCAGCAAGUGUCGGAUGUUCGCUCGAUGAGCCCGGGGGCCAGUGGAGUGGUGUUUGGCUCUCAGCUCGUGGACAAGAACUCGUCAACACCCUACACGGAUGCCACUCAGACGAAGAAGAACAAUCCGAACCACAUCAAGAGGCCAAUGAACGCGUUCAUGGUCUGGUCACAGAUCGAGCGCAGGAAAAUAUGCGAGCAGACGCCGGACAUGCACAACGCGGAGAUCAGCAAGAACCUGGGCCGCGUGUGGAAGACGCUCAACGACGAGGAACGCCAGCCCUUCAUCGACGAGGCGGAGCGCCUGCGCCAGCUGCACAUGCGCGAGUACCCCGACUACAAGUACCGGCCGCGCAAGAAGCUCACCAAGCCCGCCCCGCGCGCCGGCGCCGUCGGCAAGAGCAAGCGCAAGCAGCGCGCCGACUCCAACAACAACCGGGGGCUGGCCAGGAAGCGCUCGCGACCCGCGCCGCCUAGCGUGGCCAGCGUGCCCGAGGCGCCCGCGCCGCCCGCGCUGCCCGCCUCCCCCGCCGGCGCGCCCGACUCGCCCGAGUCCGCCUGCUUCUACGAGGACAGCGCGCGGCAGCCCCCGGACCUCACGGACCUGUACUCCAUCACGGACCUGCUGCCGCUGGCGCUGGGCGAGGGCGAGGUGGACCUGGACGUGCUCACCACGGACAUGGAGUCGUUCGAGACGGCGUCGUCGUCGUCCGGCUCGCACUUCGAGUUCUCGUGCACGCCCGACGUGUCCGACAUGCUGAGCGAGAUCGGCGUCGGCAACGACUGGGACGACCACACGUUCUCCUCCUACCUCAAUUCAUCUUAGAGCGGUGCGCGGGUCGCCAGUGAUGCAGUUCCAAUGAUCUCAUGCGGCCGGCCCGGGCCGCCGCGGGCCGCCGGCGCCCGCUCGCCGCCCCGCCUAGAGAGUGCCUACAUCCAAAUAGACGUGUCGACUUUUGGAUUCAAUGUACAAAGUUAUUUAAUAAGGAUCGAGGGUGAAAAUUUAAUUUUGAAGUCAACUGACUUUCGAUGUCGCAUUCUUCUUCAGUUCUUAUUUGAUUACUUAAUUCUUUAGUUAUGUACGAUUAAUGUUUUUCUCUGUUUUAUUAGACGACCGUGGAGCCGUCUUUUUUUGGAAACGCAUCGGAUUUUUUGAAAAUAUAGGCUGUGAGUUGGUUCUCAUUUUUGUCACGUUGCUUUUAUCAAAUUGUUUGUUCACAACCGUAGGUGAUAGCUAUAAAACGGCACGUCGCAAACGCAUCUCAGUAAAUAAUUCCGUCUACUCUCCGUCGACUGGUUUAGUAAGCUCUUGUUCAGAAGGGUCGAGCAGCGCGCCGAAUGUUCUCGGCGAAUGUUCGCUGCUCGCUGGCGAACGCUCGGCGCGCGCUCGCCGUCACUCCGAUGUCGCGCCCGUAUUCCGCACAUGUACAUUAUUCGAUUUGGCUUCUAGUGCAAUUUAUAGGUUUGCAAUUCAACCUCACUUCAUAAUACUUGAUUAAUCAUGUACUUAUAGGAGCGAAUGACUCGUACUUUACUUUGAGAUGAUUUAGAUGAACUAUGUAACCGAGUAAUAGUAACAUAAGACUAGGCUAUAGUCACGUUGUCUUGCGUCCGGCGCGCAAGCUCACUUUAUACUUUGACGCACUAGUAGGUGAUAACGAUCACGAAUUAUAAUUUUAUUAUUGGAAGCUAAUCAAUAUUGUCGUUGAAAGAAUUUCGGAGUGCGAUACUUUCGAGAAUGUGUUGGUUCGAAGGAUACGUUUAGGUCGAGUUGGUAUAAGAAGGUAUGUUAGUAUGUGUAAUUAAUGAUACAAUGUUGGCUAGGAAUGUAUUAAUAAUGUAAAGUGGCACUUGGGGAUCGUUGCGAAGGGACACUUUGUUUAACAUUUCAUAUUUUUUUCUUUCUUCAUGCUAUCUCUUGACACACAACGUUAAUAGAACGAUACAUAUCAAUAAAGGAACGUAUUGCGUCGCGGCACGGUGGGUUUUUGAAUGGUCUCGUCAGGAUUGAUUUCACUCAAUAGUUUGCAGUUUCGGCUCUGUGAUUUACUUUGUGAAUCUAAAUUAUAAGGUUCUAGUUGAGACUGAUAUCGCAUAGAUUAGUUUUAGCUGCGCUAGCUUCUCUUAACACUUUAUUUUUAAAACUGGAAGUACUUUAAAGCUAAAAGAACUAAAUAUUUUUGAUAAUGUGUGCUGCUGUGAAAUAACAAUCAUUUCAACGAAAAGUAAAGUGGUUAGAGGUGGUUUCUUUUAAUUUAUUUUUAAAUUUAUAAAAGUAUUUAUUUAGAUUAAUGUUUGUUAUUUCACAGUGGCUCAUGAAGCUAAACAAAGUGUAUAAAAUAUCGCAAAAAAUCUGUCAAUUCUGUGAAAAUGGUGUCAGUUAGAUAGGAAGUAAUAUUGAUAAUCUACAAAAUAAAACAUUUUCUUGAGCCGUGUAAGGUCUAAAAUAAAGUAUAAAGCAUUCUUCAAAACAGUUUCCGAUUUUGAAAAAUCAACGUUUGUAGUGCGAGUCCCGAGGGACUCACGUGAGUCCGUUGUGCUAUUUCAUAAGAAAUAAGGAAAAUGCUUUACGUACAUUAUAUUCUUAUAAUUAUAUAUGUAAAAAACAAGUUAACGUCAUAAUUAGUAAGUGUCUACGAAAUCCAAUUAUGUAUUUGAAAUUCAUAAGAAAAUAUGUUAUCUAUAUAAUAUUAUACAUUAAUGUAACGCGAAGAAAUAAGUUAUAUACUAUGUGUGUUGUAGUGGUAAAUAAGGACAGAAAUAAUAUGUGCCUAAUAAUGAUUAUUGGUAAAUCUUCUAAAUGUGUAUAUUUAUUUAGUAAUGCUCAAAUUUCUACUCUAAGCUCGUUACACUAUUUAGAUGCUGAUGAAAAAAAUACGAUUCAAAAUUGAUGCCAGAUGAUGUUGCAUUUCGUAAUUAAGCUUAAAAUUUUCGUUUCGACAAAGGAAUGACCGAAAAUAUAUAAAACGUUUCAAAGUACAUAUAUUUUGCUAAAGUAGAUUUUCACCAUACAUAGUAAGUAAUCUACCUACUUUCAAAAGUUAAAAUUACGGUAGAAUACGAAUGGUUUAUUGUAGCUGAGUAAUAUAAUAAUUAUAUUAUGCCUACUAUAGAACUAUACUACUACUUGUAACUUAUUAUCUAUUUCCAAAAUUUGACAAUAAUGACAUCGACUAGCUUCAUGCACCUGUAUUCUUAAUUUCAUCUUCUUCAGUUCUAUCCUUUAUAUUCCUCCUAGUAGCAUUGUUUUCUCAGAAAUACCAUUAUAUUAAAUUGAGUUAAACGAUUUUUAUGCAUAACAAUAAAACCUGCAUCGAGUUUAAGCAAUAUAAAUAAAAUGAGACUUAUUACAACGCUCAAAAUUAAAUUUGUGUAUACCACUAUUGACACGUUGUCAGCUUAUCAUUUAGGUUACCAGACUGCUGACUACACUUACGUAUUUUGAUUCAUUAUUAAGUAAAUGUUGUUCAAAACUUUUGGAUUAUGCAGGGUUUCAUUCUUCAAUCGUUUAUUUUCAUUUGUUUGCAUAUUCAUCUCAUUUUUACCUCUUCGUUUUCGACAGUAGGAGAUCGGUUCCCUUUCUUUGCAUUAUUCAUCAAUAUUUUGUGUGUCUUUUCAUUCGUUUCUUCUACUAUGUAUUCUUCCUUUAGUUCUUGUGUAUUAGGAAGUAUUUUUAAAAUUGUAAAUACAUAAGUAUUUAUAAAAUGUUAAUAUAAAAAAGUCAAAAUAAAGCGAUACUGUGAGAAAACAUUAGAGGUUAUAUUUAAGUGUCUCAAAGAAGAAAUAUCAUAGAUGACAUAGUUAGCUGUUGUAGGUUAUAAAAUUAAUAAAUAUUAUGUAAAAAUUGGAAAAAAUAUUGUAUACUUUCUGCAUUUGAUCCGACGGCAUGAACAUUAUUGAGCUUAAUUCUCCGAUUGCUUCUCCACGCUUAUAAUUCAAACAAUAAAUUCAAUUGGUAGAUUUCUAUGUUUAUUAUUCGUAUAUAUUGUGGAUUUCACAUAAUAUAUACAUGGUUACAAAUUAAUCACGUAACUUACUAUUUAUCAUAUAUAAACACGAUGUAAAAGCCUUUGUUCCUGGAACUGAAAUCAUAUAUAUGCUGAAAAUUUUGCAGUUGAUGAGUAGCUGGUAUUAAUUCAGUUUUCUGGUCGAUGCUUUUACAUCCUGUUCAUGUAUAUUUGUAUAAUACAGUAGUGAACUAUAUAAAGAUAAUGAACCUGUCUUUGUAUAUGUAACUAAUAAAAUAUAUAAGGGUAUAAAUGUUAGUGAAUGCAUUCACAGAACUGAAACGUUAUAAUAUUCUAAUCGUUGGUUAUUAUGUUGUUUAAAAUUGAAGUUAUCUCUCUGUAUAAUAUGUAUCUAUCUGUCAAUACUGUUGUUGAUUUAAUUUAUAAGCUAUGUCUAUCUUAAGGUGUAUCCCUUCUUUGAUAUGCCACUUCGGAAGCAACGAAUUUCAAAUAUUAUUUUUCAUUUACUCUUCUGUCUGCACAACGCAUCAUAACAUUAAUGUGAUUAUUGAUAUUUAUCUGAUAUUUAAUUGGUGUCUAUAAUGAGAAAGUUAAAUUCAACAAUAUAAUAAAUUAAAAUAUAUUAUAAUCGUAUAAUAAAUGUCAACAGCAAUCUGUAGUGAAAGAAAUACUAAUAAUAAAAUAAAUAAGUACGAGUAAUAUGCGAUCGUCGUAGAAACGUCAUUAAGUAAUCUAUUGAAAAUAAAUAUUAAUGUUAAACAAACAAAAUCUUCGCACAAUCUGAGUCAAGGAACUAGAAUAGGCUAACAAUUAUAUAUUGUAUAUGGUAUAACGACGUAAGCGUACAGACUACAUAAGUAACUUAUAUUUAAAAGUAUGUAAGAUGACGUUCCAAAUGCAUUAUUUCCUUCAGUUUCAGUCUUCGUACAUUUUCAUGUUUUCUAAUGCUUUCCUUAACAUGUCGUAAGCAGUUGGUUUUCAAGGUUGUUGAUUAUAUAUAAUUCCAGUUUUAAAAUUGUACAUAGAGUUUCGUUGAUGAAAUCACUAGGAACAAAAAAAUGAAAUGGUCCAUUAAAUUUUAUCACUUAAAGAUAGAUGUAAGUGUAAAUUUAGUGCGUCAGAUACAAUAUUUGUGUGUGCUUAAUAAGUAUUACCUUAAUACUAUUACAUGCCAAAAUUUUUGGUUCAAAGGCAAGGCUUUUGAGGGAUUGUCGAGGUCGCCACAUGUGAUUUAUUUUCUAUACUUUUGCCACUGUACUUUGAUCAUUGUAAAUAACUUGUGGAUCACAAAGCCAGAUAUCUCAGGCUAUCGGAAUAAAUCAUCUACUUGCAUUAUGUCAUUGUGUUCCGAACCAAUCUAGUCUUUGGAGGUUUUUGAGCAGUUUUUAACGGUCUAAUUAAUAUAUUUUCUUGUAUAAAAGCCGGAUAAACGUUUCCAGUUUCUGUAAUUUGUAAUUAAUCAAGCUAACUUUGUAAAUGCUUUUUGAGGAUAGAUUUUUUAAAUAUAAAUUAUACCAAAAAAACAAGGCUCUUACAAACUGUUACCGAUGGAUCUCUCUUGUAAGUAGCUCUAUGCAGUUUAAAGUGGAGGUGGUUUUGAAAAUUUCGAAAAAUCGUAAUACUCUGUGCAGUAAGAAAUGUGAUCAAUUGAAAACAGAAGUUUGAAAUUACCAAAAUCUCCGCCCGAUGAAUGUAGAUCGGCUCACCAAAUAAGAAACACAUUGUUUUCGCUGUAAUAAUCAGUUCUAAAACUUGUAGAUAUUAGAAAUGAACAGUUAAUUUUUAAGAUGUUUUUGAAACUGUUAAGGCACGGUUUUCUCAAACGACAAAGAUUUUUAUGACCUUCGUCAAAGGGUGUAUUUUGUAAUAUUGUCUUUUUGUCCAACAGUAUAUUUUAAGGUGUUUAAUUGUAAUUAUAAGUUUGACGUAUUGAGAGGGGCGAGGGGUCCCAGUGGGCUCUCAACUUGUACAUACUAUGUCGUAAUUAUAUAUAGGGUAUACCUACCUAUCUACAAUAACUUGAUAUACAUAUGUACGUAGAUCUAAAAAUUGUUAAGUAUGAUGUAACAACUACUGUAGAGUAUGAAUUUAAGACAACGUGUACAUUUUGUAUCGUACUUUGUUUCAAUAAUGAAUAUAUAUUAUUAUAUGGUAAAAAUAAAUAAUCCAGUUUUUAAAAAAUAUA